AUGAACACCUCGACAACGGUGACAACGACGGUCAACAUGCUUCGUCAAGCUGGUGUGCGCUCCACUCGAGCAUUUCGAGCUUCGACAUCGUCUCUGGCUGGUGCUUCGGCUGGCUCGUCGCGCAUGCUCAACACCGCUGCCAAAUCACCGCGUACCACACUUCGCCCGCAUCCCGUCGUGAUUGGACCAACACAGCUCAACCGCUACCAGGAGCACUACCGCACCACUUUGGCUUCAGACCUGCUGUACAUGACCUACGAUCCCGCUGUCAACCUCGAUGCCUCGAUUCCUGCUUCUAGCGACGCCUCUCCGAGCACACCCUCGAACCCGGCUUCUUCCGGUGACAUGCUCGACCGACAACGAUCAUGGAACCCUGAAGAUCCAUACACAGUCAACCGACCGCAGCGACCCGCGCGUGGUAACCGACGACUCUCCCCGCUUACCAAACCUCUGUCGCUUACCAACACGCUCAACGAGAUUCCCAAGCUCGAUAGGAUCAUCCUCACAUGUUUCAGCAAAGAAGCCAUCGCCAACAAGCACGCACUUGUUCCGCUUAUCGCCCAGAUGCGCGCCAUCACGGGCUUGAGCGUCCAAGCUCGCUAUCAGACCCUUCCGUUGCUGUCACUGGCUCUUCCACGCCAACUCGACCAGGGGACACAUCGAGAUCAUUCGAGCAUGCCUGUCGGUGUCAAGGCGAUUUUGCCCGCACCUGUGGCACAUGAAUUUCUCGAGGUGUUGACAACCUUUGUCCUGCCAAGAUUGAGGAGUUUCGCCGGUUUCCCAUUGCCUCCGGCCAGUCAACCGCCUGCAAGCCCUGCAGCCAUGUCGGGCGUAGUCAGUCUGGGUAUGCACCCAGAGGCGAUCCCGCUCUUCCCACAGAUCGAGAUCAACCUUGAUCAAUACCCGAACAAGCCACUUGGCUUCCAGAUCGAUUGCAUCACCAACCAGAGAGGUAGAAAGGCAACCGAAAAGGCGAGGGCGCUGUUGAGCGGGCUCGGCAUUCCGUUUGUCAGGAGGGGUGACAUGUAA